CCUAAAAAUAAGUUGACAAUCACCAUCAAAAUUUGGAAUUUGGAUCUUCUCCAUCUGACUGAGCCAUCAAUGGUUCAACUCCAUGUCACACCAUCCAUGGGGGUGUGGAGAAGAUCUAGGCUUGAACACUUACUAAUGUUUUAAAGAGAUUAAACACGAAUUUAGUUCCUCUCCAUCCGGCUUUUCUCUAACCCCAUCUCAUACCAUUCAUACGAUAUGAUCCUCAAACCUCAAAGGUGGUCUCGACAUCCUAUGAAUGAUGUGAGAUGAAGUCGGAGGGUACAACCAGAUAGAGAGGGUCCGGACUCUUUCAACACCGCUUAGCAAGUUGCUAGCCACCAAGAUAGAACACACCAGCAUGAACUGGAAUUAUUAUGCUUUAUUUUACUAAUAAUAAUAAAUAAAUAAAUAAAGUAAUUGGUAUGCUUUUUGAAAGACGACAUUAAUAACAAAGGGGAUGUGUUCUACUCCCCAUGAUCAUUUGACGUUGAGUGAAAUAAAGUUUUUUCUACCCAAAAAAAUGACAUUAAUAACAAGGAAGCCAACUACAAAAUCAAUCUUUAAAAUUUUAACUUCAAACCGAUCUGCAUUGUCACAACUAUAUAAAUACACCAGUAUGUCACCAACAAAUGCAUUCAUCUAGUAGCUAUAGGUGUGAAUUCUGAGACAAAUAAUUAAAGGGUUGUCCAAAAAUUAUCUCAAUGCACUUUCCUUUAGCUUCUCUGCUAUUGUUAGUUGUUGUAGGAAGUCUAUACACUGAAGCAGAAGGCCGUGCAUUCUUUGUCUUUGGUGAUUCACUCGUCGAUAGUGGCAACAACAACUACCUUGCGACCACUGCUCGUGCUGAUGCGCCUCCUUAUGGCAUUGACUACCCAACUCAUCAACCCACUGGUCGCUUCUCCAAUGGACUAAACAUCCCAGACAUUAUCAGUGAGUCAAUUGGUGAGGAGUCUGUACUGCCAUACUUGAACCCUGAGCUCAGAGGAGACAAACUCCUUAAUGGUGCCAACUUUGCUUCUGCCGGAGUUGGAAUUCUCAAUGAUACUGGGGCACAAUUUGUAAACAUAAUAAGAAUGCCACAGCAAUUGCAGUGCUUCAAAAAAUACCAGCAACGAGUAAGUGAGCGUUUCGGAGUGGCAAAGAUGAAGCAGCUAGUGAAUGAAGCACUUAUCCUCAUUAGCGCCGGCGGCAAUGACUUUGUUAACAACUACUACUUGGUUCGAAACUCAGCUAGAUCUCGUCAAUAUGCUAUCCAAGAUUAUGUUCCUUAUAUCCUCUCCGAGUACGAAAAGAUUCUAAUGAGGAUAUACGAGAUGGGAGGUCGUAAUGUUCUCGUAACUGGAACAGGACCUCUGGGUUGUGUUCCAGCAGAAAUAGCCCAGAGGAGCCCCAAUGGGUCGUGUGCUGGUGAGCUACAAAGAGCUGCUGCCCUCUACAACCCUCAACUUGUUCAGAUGAUAACUCAACUUAACAAGAAGAUUGGCCUUACUACAAAUGUGUUCUACGCAGUUAACUCAUACCGGAUGAACAUUGACUUCAUCACUAACCCUCACGCCUAUGGGUUUGUAACAUCAAAGAUAGCAUGUUGUGGACAAGGGCCCUACAAUGGGAUUGGACCGUGCACAGCUUUAUCAAACUUGUGUAAAAACAGGCGUAAUUAUGCAUUUUGGGAUCCAUUCCAUCCCUGUGAGAGAGCAAACCGCUAUAUCGUCAAACAGAUCCUCUCCGGAACUACGGAGUACAUGCACCAUGGCAACCUAACCACCAUCUUGGCGGCCAACAACGCAAGUUGAUAGAUUCCAUGAGGACCUUCAAUUGGCUCCAUUUUUAUUACUCAUUCAUUAACGCAUGCACCCAUCGACCUUCAUGUUUCCCUAUUAGGCUUUUAGGCGGAGAGAUCAACCAAUAAAGUAUGGAUGAUCUUUUAGCUAGAAUCUAUUUAUGUUUUAGAUUGUUGUUUGUGACGUGUGAGGCAUUUCUAAGUAAACUAAUAAAUCAUCAACCAGCUUUCUUUCUUUC